ACCAAUAAAAUAAAGAGGAACGCACAUGACUGACGACAGCAGACAGCUGAUUUUAGAUUUCAGUUUGACAAAAGGGUUUGUUUUUCUUCACGUGAUAAACAAAUAUCAGAUCGUCAACACUAUCCGAAAAAUCAUGCCUGUAGAAACCAUAAAAUGUGCAAAAGUGAAAAUAGUACCAACAUUGGAGCUGGUCGAGUUUAUCAAACUAAACGCAAACGAUAUUGAAGAUUUGCCUGAAUCAUUAAAGUCACUUUGUUUAACAAGUAAAAAUUCAAAAUCUACAACUAAGCCAAACGAUAAAAUAGAAGAAUUAGAAGAGGAUGAAGAAACCGAUAAAAACAGAAUAUCCCUAAGUCUAUAUGAUUUUUAUUGCUUGAAGAAAAUAUUAAAUGAAUUAAGAGCAAGUGAGAAAACAAACCGUUAUGCAUAUGAAUUUUUGGAAAAUUGUGAAGUAAUUUUACCUGAAAAUGAAAUUAUACCACGAAACCAAUCAUUAGAAGAUAGAUGCGAAAAGUUGAGGGCAGCGCAAGCGAAUACAGCGUAUAUGAAUAUAACAAAAAAUGUUGAUCUUACUAUCAAACAAAGGCAUGAGGAUUCAUUUGCUUUUCAGUUGAAGGAGGUCAAUCGACAAGUUAUAGCAGUGCUGCAAUUUGUUUGUUCUGUUAUAGCAGGUUUCGUAUUUGGAUUUUUGGGGAUCGAGUUAAUUGUAGGAAACCUGGAUUUUGGAUUCCGCUUACUACUUGGAAUAAUGUGUGCACUUAUUAUUGCACUGGCUGAGAUUUAUUUUUUGGCUAAAAAAUUAAAUGAAUGUGAUGAAAUGUUUUCAAAAAAAGUUAAACGAGACUAAUAAAUAUCCACUGGCAUUUUAAAUAAAAAUGGAAUUGCAAAAUUUAUUUUAUUAUUAA